AUUUCUGGUGCAGCUGGGGCCAGAGUUGAGGAAUAACGGAAUCUGGCUGGGCCCUGCCUACACCCCCACCCUGGGGUCAGGAAGUUUGGAGAUGAGGCCCUUCAGCCCUGAGGUUCCAAAAGACCCGCCCCGUGCCAAGGCAGCCCACCUGCUGCCCUUCCGUGCUCUCUUCUUGACCUUACUGGGCAUGGCCCAAGGCUCCAGGGCCCCUGUGGUACCCAACAAGCCCUUCACCACCAUCUGGAAUGCAAACAGUCAGCGGUGUCUGGAGAGACAUGGCGUGGACGUGGAUGUCAGUGUCUUCGAUGUGGUGGUCAACCCAGGGCAGACUUUCCGCGGCCCUGACAUGACCAUUUUCUACAGCUCCCAGCUGGGCACAUACCCCUACUACACACCCACCGGGGAACCUGUGUUUGGUGGCCUGCCCCAGAAUGCCAGCCUAGAUGCCCACCUAGCCCAGACAUACCAGGAUAUCCUGGCUGCCAUACCUGCGCCUGACUUUUCAGGGCUGGCAGUUAUUGACUGGGAGGCAUGGCGCCCGCGCUGGGCCUUCAACUGGGAUGCCAAGGACAUUUACCGGAAGCGCUCACGGGCGCUGGUACAGGAGCAGCACCCCGACUGGCCAUUUCCUUGGGUGGAGGCAGCAGCCCAGGACCAGUUCCAGAAGGCUGCACAGGCCUGGAUGGUGGGCACCCUCCAGCUGGGGCAGGCACUGCGGCCUCAUGGUCUUUGGGCCUUCUAUGGCUUCCCUGACUGCUACAACUAUGACUUUCUAAGCCCCAACUACACAGGCCAGUGUCCAUUGGACAUCUGUGCCCAGAAUGACCAGCUGCGGUGGCUAUGGGGCCAGAGCCAGGCUCUCUACCCCAGCAUCUACCUGCCCGCAGCACUGGAGGGCACGGGGAAGGCACGGAUGUAUGUGCGGCACCGCGUGGGUGAGGCUUUCCGUGUGGCCAUGGGUGCUAGAGAUGCUGACCUGCCGGUGCUGCCCUAUGCCCAGAUCGUCUACGACAUGACAAACCACUUCCUGCCCCUGGAUGAGCUGGAGCACAGCCUGGGAGAGAGUGCAGCCCAGGGAGCAGCAGGAGUGGUGUUGUGGGUGAGCUGGGAGAACAUGCAAACCAAGGAAUCAUGCCAGGCCAUCAAGGAGUAUGUGGAUACCACACUGGGGCCCUUCAUCCUGAACAUAACCAGCGGGGCUCUCCUUUGCAGUCAUGCCCUGUGCUCGGGCCAUGGCCGCUGUGUCCGCCGCCCCAGCCACCCUGAGGCCCUCCUCAUCCUCAACCCUGCCAGUUUCUCCAUCAGGGUCAUGCCCAGUGGCAAGCCCCUGACCCUGCAAGGUGCCCUGUCACUUGAAGAUAGGGCUCAGAUGGCUGUGGAGUUCAAAUGUCGCUGUUACCGUGGCUGGCAGGGAGUGUGGUGUGAGCAGCAGGGCAUGUGGUGACUGGUCACCUAUGAGAACACACACAUUGAGCCUCUAAUAAUGCAGUCUGGGCCUGGCACGGCUUUCCAAGUACAGGCACAGUCACACAAGUCAUGGUCAUAGUCAGGAGUGCACUCAGUCAUCACCAUGGGCACCUGCCCAGCACAUGCACGCUUGCCGGCCCAGGAUAGUCACAUACGGAGUUAGAGCCACAGGCAGACACCAUCCACUCAUGUCCACAGGCACCCACCCAGCACGGUAAUAGCCAACUCCUCCAGAGACACUGAGCCAGUCUUUAAACUGCAGCCAUCAUAAAAGCUAACAUUCACUGAGCACCUUCUCCACAUCAAGCCCUGUACUGAGCAUUUAAAGUGGAUGAGCUCAUUUAAUCCUCCCAACACUAUUAGGAAACUGAGGUACACAUGGGGAGGGUAAGCACUUUGCCCGAAGUCGAACAGUCAGAAGGAGAAGCAGAAAUUCGAACCCAGGCUGUCUAGCUAGAGGUGGAGCCCUUGAGCUCCUACUGUGUGUUGAUGUUGACCAGCCCUGCACAAGUCCUGAACCCUUUCAGAGGCACUAGCCCCGCACAGUCCCGCAAACAAAGAAGGCAGGAAUCUUACUUUGAGAGCUGUUUAUUGAGCGCCUAAAACGUGCCGGCCCCGGUAUCUACAGGGCACAGGAAAAGACUAGUC